UUUUUAGUUGGGUCAUCAAGAAUCUUCCAAACAGGCUAAAAAUUACACAAUUCUAACUGGGGAGGAAAGAGUUAGUGUCUCUAAAAGGGUGGGGAAAUUCACAGUUUAAAAAGAGGAACAGUACAGAUUGAGAAAUUAUUACUUUACAGAGAGACUUCAGUGUAGCAUCCUUGCCUAGCUACAGAGAAAGCAACUGCCAGGCACCAGGCACCAGGUGAAGAAGCCUCCCUGUUUGGAGAAAGUAAAAGGAUCAAGCCAUCAUAGGGUGUUUCUUCUGUACUGAAGAAGACAGCUCUUCAUGGAUUUCUAUUGGCUGAAAAAGUUCUUCAUUUGGUCUGAACCUAGUUAGAUUGAUUCUUGGAUAAGCAACAUGGGUACUAUGGACCAGAAAAACAUUUUGCUGAUGGUGUUCAUGAUUUCAGUUGCGUUUGCCACAGAAUUAGAAAUCGAGGCAUUUUUCAAUAAGACCACAAAGCUGCCAUGUAAUUUCAAGAAUCCUCAAAACAUCGGCCCGGAAGAAUUGGUGAUAUUUUGGCAAGGUGGCAGAGACUGUGUUCUGUAUGAAUUCUAUCGUGGAAAGGAGAACCUGAUGUAUGUUAAUUCCAAGUACAUUAAUCGAACCAAGUUAAACCCAAACACUUGGGUUUUACAGCUCCAGAAUGUUCAGAUUAUGGACCAGGGCACGUAUACAUGUUUUGUCCAACAUUAUGGGUCCAAAGGACCAGUUGUCAUCCAUCAGUUUUCUUUUCAGCUGUCUGUCUUUGCCCCUUUCAGUAAACCUGAAAUAAUACAACUGGACAACAAGACUGCAGAAAUUGGAUCUGUUAUGAACAUUUCCUGUUCUGCUAACCAAGGUUAUCCAAAGCCUCGGAAGAUGUAUUGGAAAGUAGAAACUACAAAUUCAACCAAGUAUCCUGGGGAUAUGCAUGUGUUCCAAGAUAAUACCAACCAACUCUACAAUGUUACCACUAUCUUGUCUUUGCCCAUUAAUGGUACUUCCCCCUGGAUAAACAUCACUUGCUUGGUACAGACACAGGAGUCAAUGGAACCCCUUACAUCUGAGACUAUGCACAUAAAGAUACAACCAAAUGAAAACCCGGGGAGCAACCUCCUGAUUCUUGGGCUAGUAACACCAGCAUGUGCCAUAAUUGUGAUUCUGUUGAUCGUCACAAUAUUAACCAACUGCUGUGGUAUGAGAAGCUCCCAAUCCGUGAAUGCAGAAGAUAAUGGACAUCCUAAAGAAAGAGAUGAAGUUUUGGAACCAAUGAACUAUGGAGUAUGUGAAAAGACAGAAGAUAGAUGAUAUCUACUUUUAUAUUCUUUUAAAAAUGUUAUUUUAAGCAUAAAUAUAAAAUAAAUGAAAAAAAAUUAC